UUCUGCUCAUCUCCACAACAGCCAUGCCAACCAGUCUCCUCGAAGUCUUCCCACGAGAGAUACGUGACCAGAUCUACACAUUUGUCCUCGCAUCCUCCUCACGCGCGGUGACGCUGUCCCCUUGGACUGUGGAGAUCGCAAGUUCCCUAUCCCUGCUUCGAACAUGCAAACAGAUUCAAAGAGAAUGCAAAGAAAUCAUAUGGCACCACAACGGGCUGAGCCUCCGAGAACCGACUCAACUGUUCCAUAAGUUCAAAGGCCUUGCAAAGCAUCGUCAUGUGCGGCGCAUUCGCCAACUCAAGAUUUGCAUGGAGCUACUGGAUCGAGACGAGCUUGAAUGGAUCUCGGCGUCUAUGAAAGCGUUGGGAGAUUGGUGCAGGUCGGGCAGACUGGAAUCCAUCACAAUAACUACCGCAUGGGAGAGACCUCGGGGCGUUGACGAAUUCAAGGAAAUUCUAAGCCUGAGGAAGUACGGGGAGUCUUUGGACGGAAGACUGUAUCAGGAUUCGAGCACUUGGACAAGGAUGGUCGUCAAUACGGGGUGGCCAAGAUUCUCGCACUGGGGAAAGCAGGGGUGGCUGCGAGAAAUGCUGUUGGAUCUAAGUGGUAUCGAUGAAUUGCUUAAGGAGAUACAUCAUAGCUUUGGUGGCAUGAUGUACGUGGAUGGGCGGUUAUGCUACAGAGAUCUGGUGCAGAUUGAGGCUCCAAACUUGGAUCCACGCAAUGGCGAGAUCAGAGUACUUCCAUGACUAGCAUCUAGGUAGUUAAUCAAUCAGAUUUCCUGACUCCUUUCCCCACACGAGUGCGAUUUUCCGUUGCGCGGUUGGGAAGUGCGGUUUCAGUCAUUUUUCUAAGAUGCUCGAGAUUAUGCUUUCUUAAGGUUUAUAAAGCAUGUCCGUUAUUGACUUUUUUCACCCAAAAGACUUCACCAUGC